AUGGCUGCACCGAGCCCACAGUCUCCUAAUCUCGACCGUUACGUCGUGAUUCACGUCGCUACAACUUGCGAUGAACACGGCGUCUACGUUACUAAGGACAGUGCAGAAGUGAUUGAGCUGGGCUGGAUAUUGCUUGAUGCAAAGAGCUGCGAAGAGCUCCAUCGUGAAAGUGUCCUUGUCAAGCCUGUCAACACACCCAUUACCGCGCUUUGUACGAGCUUGACGACCCUCACCUGGGACCAGGUCCGAAACGCCGGGACCUUCCGAGAUGCGAUAAACCGCUUCGAUACCUUUGCCCAAGAGCACCUACUGCCAAAACACCUCGAGUUUGCGUUUGUCACACUUGACAGCUGGGAUCUCCGCGUUCAGCUGCCCCGCGAGGCCCGUGAUAAGGCGGUUGUUCUGCCACCCUAUCUGCAGCACUCGCGUACGUUCGAUCUGCGAACUGAAUACCAGCGCUGGCAGACCCACCACCCGGAGAGCCUGCCGUUCGGCUCUUCUGCGCUUUCUAACAUCUGUGCUGCACUUGAGGUAGAACCAGUCCAAUCUUCUGCACCGAUUAAACAUAACCUUCCUUUUCACCUGCAGGCCCUAGCUCCCGCUUCGCCAAGGCGGGCUAUGGAAGAGGCUGUCACUCUCACACGCGUGCUCAGAGGCCUCAUCCAUAAGUCUCAACCUCCCCAGGACCACCCCGACGUUUUGACAAAACCCAUGGAUGCCCGCGCCGAUGUCAGAGCGUUCCUCUCGGAGCGCAGCAAGGUGCUCCACAUGAGCGGCUUGCCGCAUGACACUACACAGUCCGAGCUUGAGAGCUGGUUCACCCAGUUCGGCGGUCGUCCGAUUGCUUUCUGGACGCUGCGCACGCCUGACCAGCACAAGCCUACCGGCUCUGGCUUCGCCAUCUUUUCUUCCCACGAAGAGGCUGCUGAGAGCCUGUGCAUGAAUGGUCGCGCUCUCAAUGAGAAGGCCAUUGAGGUCUCACCGUCUUCUAGCCGUGUCCUCGACCGUGCGGCCGACAUCCUGAGCCCCUUCCCUCCCAGCAAGAACCGUCCGCGACCCGGCGACUGGAACUGCCCCUCGUGCGGUUUCUCCAACUUCCAACGUCGCACAGCCUGCUUCCGCUGCUCCUUCCCGGCCAUGCAUGGCCCACCUGGCGGCGACCCAAUGGCCUACGGUGGUUACGGAUACGGCCCACCCUCAAUGAUGGGCCCGCCUCAACAUCACAUGGGCCACGGCCACGGACACGGCAUGGGUGGCGGACACGGCAACAUGGGCCGCGGAGGAAACGGCGCGGUGCCUUUCCGUGCUGGUGACUGGAAGUGCGGUGAGAACGGCUGCGGUUACCACAACUUCGCCAAGAAUGUUCAGUGCCUGCGCUGUGGUGCUAGCCGCGCCGGAGCUGCCGUCGUUGCUGACUCUGCGUUCCCGUCUCCUAUGGAUACGCCAUCCAGCUUCGGCAUGGGCCCUCCCUCUAUGGGCGGAACUCCCGGUGGUGGUCCUUUCGGCGCCGCCCCUUUCGCUGCUGGUGGGUACCCUGCUCAGCAAUACGGUGGACCUCCGAGCUCGUAUGCUCUUCCAUCCGGCAUUGGCGCUGCCAGCCCGUACCCUCCCAUGGGUGCCCAGUACGCUCCCAACGGCGGCAUGCACUCGACUCCUUUCGACAGCCGCUCUGCUGAAGCUGCGUUCAGCUCGGCCGACCCGUACCCCAACCAGGGAGCUGUCAACGGCGGUGACGGACGCAACGACCCUUUCUCUUUCCUCUCCACGGGCUUCGGUGGUCUAUCCGUCAACGACGACCGCCGCAACGCAUCCAACGCCUCGAACAAGUCGCCGGCGUAG